GACCACAUCCCCUCUUCUAUUAGCUGCUGCCAAGGGAGGAGAGGCUAAAUGCACUUGUCAGCUGUGGCUAAGAAGCAGAGCCCCAUCUGGAUGCAGUACUCUAGAAGAGGAGGGUGAUCUCUUUCCACAGAAAUAAAGAAAAUCCCACCCCUGAGUCAUCGGCUCUUCUCAGAGGGAGGAAGAGAAGAAGAUAGAGCUUGCUCAGCAUGACCAAUGAAGAAUAAUCUAUCCACAUAAUUAUGGAAGACUUUGACAUAGAAAUCGCUGGACAGGCACCAAAGUAUUCUACUAAUGUGGUUGUAGAUGACAGCAGACACAAAGAAAAAGAAGAAAAAAGCAAACCACCUGAAAUCGUUGGUCCAAUCACAAUUUUUCGAUAUGCAGACGGGCUGGAUAUAACUCUUAUGAUAUUUGGAACAAUAGCAGCAGUGCUGAAUGGCGUUUGCCUUCCUCUGAUGUCACUGGUUUUUGGUGAAAUGAGCGACAGUUUUGUGAGUGGUUGUAUAUCCGAGGAGAGUUUACCAAGUUCAGUGAACUGCAGUCAGUCACAAGUGCCUUUUGAAGAGCAAAUGACAGAGUUCGCUUUAUAUUAUGUCGGAAUUGGAGUGACUGCCUUAGUGUUUGGCUACCUACAGAUUUCGUUUUGGGUUUUGGCAGCAGCAAGGCAGACAAAGAAAAUAAGAAAAACUUUCUUCCAUGCAAUUCUUGGACAGGAACUCAGCUGGUUCGAUAGCAGUAAUAGUGGAGAGCUUAACACACGUCUGACUGAAGACAUUAAUAAAAUCAAUGAUGGCAUUGGAGACAAAGUCGCUCAGCUAUUUCAGAACAUGUCAACAUUCACAGUAGGCAUAGUGAUUGGCUUUGUGAAAGGAUGGAAACUUACACUUGUGAUCCUGUCCACAAGCCCCCUCAUAGUAUUAUCAGCAGCAUUUUGUUCUAAGAUGAUCAUCACAUUAACCAGUAAGGAGUUAACAGCCUAUGCCAAAGCAGGUGCAGUAGCAGAAGAAGUCCUGUCAUCAGUGCGAACUGUUGUAGCCUUUGGAGGACAAGAGAAGGAAAUCAACAGAUAUACAAGUAAACUAGGAGAAGCGAAAAACCUUGGUAUAAAAAAGGCUAUUGCUUCUAAACUGUCUGUUGGUUUUUUGUAUCUAAUUAUAAAUGGAUGCUACGGGCUUGGGUUUUGGUAUGGAACUACCUUAAUUCUUGAUGAGAAUACUGGCUAUUCCAUUGGGACUGUCCUAGCUGUUUUCUUCUGCGUAACUUUCAGUAGUUAUUGCCUGGGCACAGCAGCACCACACUUUGAAACUUUCUCUAUUGCUAGAGGAGCUGCCUUUAAAGUUUUCAAGAUAAUUGAUCAGAAACCAACUAUAGAUAGUUUUUCUUCAGAUGGACACAAACUCGAUCACAUAAAGGGAACACUUGAAUUUAAUAAUGUACAGUUCAGUUAUCCUUCAAGACCAGAUGUCCAGGUUUUGAAAGGUCUCACUCUGAAAAUUGACUGUGGACAAACGGUGUCACUGGUUGGAAGCAGUGGAUGUGGUAAGAGCACGAUGGUCCAGCUGCUUCAGAGGUUUUAUGAUCCACAGGAAGGAGUGAUCACAGUGGAUGGACAUGACAUAAAGUCCCUUAAUCUGAGACAUUACCGAGAAUUCAUUGGUGUGGUCAGUCAGGAACCUGUUCUGUUUGGGACAACAAUUAGAAACAAUAUAAGAUAUGGUCGAGAGGAUGUAACUGAUGAAGAAAUUGAGAAUGCAGCAAAAGAAGCAAAUGCUUAUGAUUUUAUCAUGGAGUUUCCUGAUAAAUUUAAUACCCUUGUAGGAGAAAGAGGAGCACAGAUGAGUGGUGGCCAGAAGCAGAGAAUAGCCAUAGCUCGAGCUUUGGUGCGCAACCCUAAAAUUCUCUUGUUAGAUGAGGCCACAUCUGCCCUGGAUACAGAAAGUGAGUCAGUAGUCCAAGCUGCACUGGAAAAGGCCAGCAAAGGUCGAACCACUCUUGUAAUAGCUCAUCGGCUUUCCACCAUUCGGACUGCAAAUGUAAUAGUGGCCAUAGCGGGUGGUGCUGUGGCUGAAGUAGGAACACAUACAGAGCUGAUGGAGAAAAGAGGGUUAUAUUAUUCGCUUGCAACAGCACAGUCUAUUAAAACAGAAGACCAUGAAGAAUCAACAGAAACUAUUACCUUAAAAGAUCAGGAAGAAGUAUUCCCCAUCAAUGGGUUGAUUUCCAAAAGAGCAAGCAUAAAACAUGUUCCACAAAAAGAGGCUGAAGAAGAAGCCGCACCUGAAGAGGCACACCUUCCCAAAGUUUCUUUCCUCAAACUUUUUAGAUUAAACAAGCCCGAGUGGCCUUUCAUUGCACUGGGGACACUAGCUGCCGUUAUCAGUGGAGCAUGUCACCCUAUCUUUUCCAUCAUAUUUGCUAAAAUUGUAACAAUUUUUUCAAUAAAAGAUGAUCCGGAGAGGAUUCAGCAUGAAGCUAACAUUUUCUCCAUCACAUUUGCUGUUAUAGGUGGUGUUUGCUUUAUCGCUUGGUUUUUGCAGGGAUUCCUUUAUGGGAGGUCAGGAGAAAUCCUAACAAUGAGAUUAAGGCAUAUGGCAUUUAAAGCCAUGCUGCGGCAGGAAAUCUCUUGGUUUGAUGAUAAGAAAAACAACACCGGAGCUCUGACAACAAGAUUAGCCACAGAGGCAGCACAAAUUCAAACAGCAACAGGUACAAGGCUUGGUGUAAUAGCACAAAACAUCUCCAGCAUGGGAUUGUCUGUCAUCAUUUCUUUUAUAUAUGGGUGGGAGAUGACUCUGCUGAUCCUAGUGAUGGCGCCGGUGCUUGCUGUGACUGGGAUGCUGGAGACCAGUGCGUUGACUGGAUUUGCCAACCGAGAUAAAAAGGAACUGCAACAAGCAGGAAAGGUAGCAACUGAAGCUGUGGAGAACAUUAAAACCGUUGCUUCAUUAACUAGAGAGAGCACUUUUGAACAAAUGUAUGAAGAAAAUCUGCAGAAGCCAUACAGAAAUGCUCAGAAGAAAGCUCAGAUCUAUGGUUCCUGUUAUGCAUUCAGCCAGGCUUUUAUGUAUUUCACCUAUGCGGCGAGCUUUCGGUUUGGAGCAUACUUAAUUACAGUUGGAAGAAUGACCCCGGAGGGUGUUUUCACAGUUUUUUCUGCAAUUACAUAUGGUGCUAUGGCACUUGGCGAGACGUUAACAUUUGCACCUGAAUAUGCCAAAGCCAAAUCAGGGGCCGCACACUUGUUUGCUCUGUUUGAAAGGACACCAGCCAUUGAUAGCUACAGCCAAGAAGGAGAAAAACCAGCUACAUUCAAAGGAGGUUUAGAGUUCCGUGAAGUGUCUUUCACUUACUCAUCUCGCCCAGAUGUUCCCAUCUUGCAAGGCUUGUCUCUUCAGAUUGAAAGAGGACAAACCAUGGCAUUUGUCGGCAGCAGUGGAUGUGGGAAAAGCACUUCUGUUCAGCUUUUACAGAGAUUCUAUGACCCUCUCACAGGGCAAGUGCUGUUUGAUGGCAUCAAUGCAAAACAUUUGAAUAUCCAGUGGCUACGCUCUCAAAUAGGAAUAGUCUCCCAAGAGCCAGUGCUUUUUGACUGCAGCAUAGCUGAGAAUAUUGCCUAUGGGGAUAACAGUCGGAAUGUGCCAUUGGAUGAGAUACGAGAAGUAGCAAAAGCAGCAAAUAUUCAUUCUUUUAUAGAAGAACUUCCUGAGAAAUACAACACCCGGGUUGGAGAUAAAGGAACACAGCUCUCGGGUGGCCAGAAACAACGAAUAGCUAUUGCAAGGGCUCUUCUCCGGCAACCAAAAAUUUUGUUGUUAGAUGAGGCCACUUCUGCUCUUGAUAAUGAGAGUGAAAAGGUGGUGCAACAGGCCCUUGACCAGGCACGGAAAGGAAGGACCUGUAUUGUGAUUGCACAUAGGCUGUCCACAGUACAGAACGCAGAUGUCAUUGUUGUUAUUAACAAUGGAAAAAUAAUAGAACAAGGAACUCAUCAACAACUAAUGGCAAAGCGUGAAGCCUAUUUUAAUUUAGUAAAUGCACAAACACAGCUCUAAAACAAGGAUAGCCCCUGAGGCCUUCUUUAGAAAUGAGCUGUCAGGAAAAAGAAUAGUUAGCAUGCAGAGGAUGUGAUCUGACCUUAUGGGCUUACCAGCAACUCUUCUUUGGACACACAUAUGCUCCGCAGGACCUGGAGUAGUUUAACUUGCUCAGCGUUCUUGCCUUUGGAGUAGAAAGAUGCCCUUUUUGGGAAAUCCAUGUUGGAGAGGUUUAAACCAUAGGCUGGGGUUUAAUACUGAGUCAGUGGGAACAUGGAUAAACCUCUCUUUCUCAUGUUAUCUGCAGACCAUGUUUCAGUAUUUCCCUCAGGUGGGCUACUCUGUUCCCUCUGCCUGCUCCAUAAAAUAUGCAACUGGACGGGAACUCUUUGCUUUAGCAGAUAUGUAGAGAUGUAGCUAUAAUUAUAAUUAUAUAUCAUUUGAAAUCAAUGUUAGAGUUCUUGUUUUUUUUUUUUAUAAAAGUUGGUUUAAAUCAUUACAUGUUUGCUAUUGUUGAAACUAGUGAUGGGCCUGACCUGAUCAAACAACCUAAAAUUUGUAAAAAGUUUAGAUCCAUAUUCAGGCUUCAUUACAUAAUGCAUCUUGAGUUUCAAUUAGUUACUAAUCCACUAACCCAUAAAUCCCAAUUUAAACUGUUACAGAAUCCCUGCUAGGGAUUUUAAUAGGCUGUAUUAUUUUUAGAUCUGCCAUUGAGUUUAUGGGUAUUUAAGUUUUCCUUCUGCUUCUUUUCUGCAUUAGAAAUAUUGUAUUUUAUUAUUAUUUGUAUUGCCAUAGCACUUGGGAGCUCUGAUCAUGGAUCAGGACCCCGCUGUGCGAGGUGCUGUACAUACACAGAACAAAAAGACCAUAUCUGCCCUCAAGAGCUUACAAUAUAAGUGUGUACAUAUAAGACGAGACAACAAAUGGGUAUAAAAAGACAAGGAAACAAUGAGACAAUAUCUUAAUUUCACUGUUUUUUGUGGAGUCUUUAAGGAUUAGAGAACUGGCUUAGGAAUGUUCUCAGCUCACAACUGAUGGUGGAAGGUACUGAAUCUUCCCAAAGCUUUUCUCCCAAGCGUUUGUCAAGAAUUUGAGUUAAAUGAGUGUGAACAAAAAUCCUGUCCCUCUCAGUUUGCUCAAGUUUCCAUCUCUUGCAAUGUCAUAAUCCUACUAGUUCGCCAUUCCCCAAAGGAAUUCUGCAGCAAUAUGAAAAAAUCAAGCGGUUAUAAUUCUCCUUUAAAAACAAGGCCUUGUCUCUUUAGCAGUCACUUUUAAGAGUGGCCCAAUUUCCAAGAGACAUUUUAUAUUUAAUCAAGUUCUUAUGAUUCUGUUAAGGGGGUUAGGAAAUUAUAAACUAACUGUGAAAGCUGUCAAAGGGUUAAAAAAAAUUUUUUCUUUAAAAUGCUAAAGGCUAAAUCCUCACAUUAUCUGUGCAUCUUUUUUUAGAAAAGCCGCUUAAAUAUAGUCUAAUCUUGGCUGCAAUAUACAGGUUAUGAUAUAUGGGAUCCUUUCAAACUGUGUGUGCUAAGUGUGUUCCGAGUUUGGGUAAAUUUAUCUCCCAAAGGUCUUAGCCCAAAGCGUAACUAAUUCAGAUUCUGCUAUGCAGAGCCUAGCAUAAGUCAGGCCAAUCCUACUGAAAGGUUUAUUUCUACCUAUAGGUGAAGUGACUAAAGCAGCAGCUACAGCUUCCUCAGAUAUGGAUAGAUAGAUAUAUAGAAUUCCCUAUUAUAUCACUUAAUAUAAUGAAGUGUCCUUAAUUCAGAACAGUGUAGACAUUCACAUGUAUAAAAUAUAUAAAAUGCAAAUAUUAACAAUUGAAAGCAAUCUGGAUUAAGGACACUUCAUGGAAGAAUCCAUUCCAUAAAUCCACAAAUAUUCAGGCAGUUUAUGAAGCAUCUAAUCCUACUCACAUAUAUUUCAUCCUGCAUACAGGGAAACAUUAGAUAAGUGUCCCUGUUCACAGCAUGGAAUAUGACAGUAAGAGACAGCUUCUCUACACUGGCCUGCAAGGUGGACUAUGGAGGGGUGAAUUGCACAGCACACCAAAGAAUUGCGCUCUAACUGCCCCCAUGUGGCGGCUGCUGGUGCAAACUAAAAGGUACCUAGUUCAUGGUAAUAGAGUCCCAUUUGAAAGAGGUGUGCUCUGCAAUUCACACCCCCAUAGUCCACACUAUGGCACAGAGAAGACAUAGCCUUAGACAUAGUCUAUUUCUGUUUCUCAAAAUAUCCAGUCUUAUCUUACGAUAUUUGACUAAAAAAGGCUUUUCAACCAAACAAAAUGUACACACAAAAAACAAUUUUCAACAUUUUUCAGGUUUUCAUCAAAAAUAAAAAAGAGUCGAAAUAUUUGGAUUAAAAUUAAACAAACUUCAUUUUCAUCAAAAAUAUUUGGGGAGGGGGGAAUAAUUUCCCAACCAGCUCUGAUUAUUGGACCUCCCACCCAGAACCAGACCAAGUGUGUUCCAGCCCAUUCCAGCUUACCCAGAGUAGUACAUUAGAAGUUCGGCCUCUUUCAUUCAGAUUAACAAAUCAUUUUAUAAUGCUACUCAUAUCAUGCAGUUACUCUUAAUUACCAUGGUUUAUCUUCACAGAUUAUAAAACCCGAAGGGGCCAUUAUGAUAAUCUAAUCUGAACUCCUACACAACACAGGCCAGAGGACUUAAUUUCUGUUUGAACUAGAGCAUGUCUUCUAGACAAAAAUCAGUCUUGAUUUUUUUUUUAAAUUUUCCUCAGAAGAAUCCAGCACAACCCUUGCUAAAUUGUCCCGCUGUGCUGGUUCAUAACACCAUUGAAAUUUAGCCCAGCUGCUCCUCCAUCAUGACAGAAGAGUGGCAGGGCCAAAUCUUCCACCCUAAGAGCUGGUCUACACUAAGGCUAUAAAUUGACCUAAAUUAGGCUACUUCACUUAUGUAAGUUACGUAACUGAAUAUGAGGUAACUUAGAUUGACUUACAGCGGUGUGUACACCGUGCUAUGUCAAUGGGAAAUGCUCUCCCGCCAGCUUACCUUCCGCCUCUUGGGGAGGUGAAGUACAAAUAUCAAUGGGAGAGCGCUCUGUCAUUGACUUAGCAUGUCUUCACCAGACCCAUUAAAUCGACACCGCUGCAUCAAUCAUAGCAGUGCUGAUUUAGCCAAAAGUAUAGGCAAGCCCUAAGUCUGUGAGGAUGGAGGUGGCACACUGAAGUUUUACUUAGGACAGCAGAUUGUCUUGAGUGGCCUCUGAUCCUAGAUCUUUGCAAACUGUGGCUGGAGAAAGCUUUGUUGAUGAAUCCUCACUGUUACCUUUAUUUUCAUCAUCUUUAAUCAUAACCCAGUAACAGCCCUCACAUUGAUGCAUCAUUCCACCUUUCUUGUUCCCAUAAAAACAAUUUCUUAAAUUAAUGCUUCAUGGAUAAAUCCUUGUCCAGUUUAAAAUUAUACAUUUACUAAUUGAUUUAAAAAUAUUGCAGUAUACAAAUUUUCAAAGAGACUCUGCAACAUAAAUUAUAUGUUGUUACAAUUAUAAUGAGAGGGGGACACACAGCUUUUUAUUUAUUUGUACAGUAGCUCUGAACUAUGGAAACUCAUCAAUAAUAUUCUGCAUCAGUUCCAAGUGCUUACCUUAUGUUAUGACCCCCUCCCUCCCCACCAGCCCUUCCCUGCACCCUUUAUUUCACCACUGAAUGCCCAUUUUUCUACUUUUGCCACAAGAGUUCUUUCCACACUGCUUCACAUGCAUGGAGCAUUCUCUGACUUAAGCCAUAAAGCUGUUAUCUUCUCUUCAGACGGAUCCACUCCUACUCUGACACCCACAAUAAAUCAACCAAUGAGUAAAGGAUGAGUGGGUCAGUAGUUGGAAAUACCUGAUUUUACUUAUUUUUAAGAUCCCAACACAUUCACAUACUUUCAGUGAUUUGGAAACCUUAAAUUGUGCAAUAGCUAACCUACAUGGGGUUAUAUUUUCAUUACCUCUAACCCUUCUUCGUCUUGUCAUAUCCCUUACUUUGUCUCAUUUCACUCUUUUUAGGGUGAGGGCUGUAAGUAUGUAGAAAAUGUGUUUGUGGGGUUUUUUGGGGGGAGAGGGUUGUACAAUGAGAUACCUAAGGUAUUACAAAAUUGUAGUGUAAACAGGGCAAGGUAUAUUUUACCUUAAUUUAGCUAGUCAAGAUGAGCCUAGGGUUCCUGUCAACGAGAUAAAUUAGGAAAAAUUACAACUUUCCCUGUCUACACUAGAGUUUAACAACAUGUUCACUAUCAUGUUGUAAAAAUAUACCUUUUUUCCUAAUGUAGACAUGGCCUGUGUCUACCUGAGCACCUACCACAAGGGGACCUCAGUGCUGAUCGGGGGCUUUGAGCACUACCAUGGUGUUAACAGGCAAAACAAUAAUCUGUAUAUUGAGGAGAAGAUAGGAUGCUUCUUUGGUCAGAGCACAGGAAGGAGUCAGAAUGUCGGUCCAACCCUACCACAAACAUCCUGUGUGACCUAGGGCAAGUUACUCAGCCUCUUUGCCUUAGGCCAGAUCUACAUUGCAAAGUUUUGUUGGCAUAGCUAUGUCAGUCAGGAAAAAAAUCCACAACCCAGACCAACAUAACUAUGCCAGCAAACACACACAUACCUAUGUAGACACAGCUAUGAUGGCAAAAGAGUCCUUUUGAUGAUAUAGCUUAUGUCAUUCAAGGGGACAGUUUACCUAUUCCAACAAAAGAUCUCCUUAUGCCUGUAAUGGGCUUUGCUGUUGUAAUGAUUAGUGUAGUAGACAGCACCUCCACCAGGAGAUGGGGCUAUACCUUUAUCUUAGUGUUAAGUUGUUGUCUUGUAUGUUAUGUUGUUGAUAGAACCUAGGGUGUAGCAGGCUGUUCAGUGCUGCCUGUGUGUGCUGGACUUGUUAUUCACAUAGGGUGACCAGAUGUCACAAUACUAGGGGCUUUGUCUUUAGGGCUUGUCUUCACUACCGCAGUACAUCUGGUGAAGAUGCACUAAGUUGACGGGAGAGUGACUCCUGCUGACAUUGUGUGGUGUAGACAGCGCUUUAAGUCGAUGUAACUUACGUCGCUUAGGAGGGUGGGUUUUUUCACAUCCCUGAGCGACAUAAGUUACAUAGACUUAAGCAAUAAUAUAGACAAGCCCUCUUACAUGCGACUAUUUGCCUCCCCCCCCCCCCGCAAAAAAGUGUCCCAAUUUUUCACACUCGCUAUCUGAUCACCAUAUACUUGCAGUGUCCUAAUAAAUAUCCAUGAAUCUAUAAACACGUAUUACACUGUACAGAUGUGCUGUAUCAGCAAAGCCUUUCUAGUGUAGAUUUUACCUUAGUUUCCCCAUUUGGAAAAUAGGACUCAAUGAACUUUGAGAAUCUUGUCAGGAAGAUACUGUAGAAGUACAAAGCAUUUUCAGAUUAAUUUCAGAAAAACAGCAACAUUUUAAGAUCUGUAUUGUCAUAAAAAUACCCUGUUUGAUCUAAUAAAUUCAGGCAUUAUUACCAUAAUUGAUUAAAUGUCUUUGUAACAGUCUUAAAUAGCUGGACCUUGCGACACAACCAAAGAUGUCACUUUCCUUUAAGCAUCUAUUUAGUUUCAUUGUUGCUUUCCUAACUUAGUUCUACCUGGCCAACUUAAAUUUCCAUCAGAACUCUGUAGAUUUCCAUAACCCCUCCUCUUUUUCUUUUUUUUAGGAGAAUAUUUUUUAUAAACAUGACACUCACAAGGUGCUGCAUCUUGACUGUGAUCUUUACAAGUAAUGACUGCAAAGCUAUGACUCUUGAAGAGUCAGGCCUGCUCUUUAUUUAGCCUGAAGGAGAUUGAGUCUCCUCCUCAGUAACUGAGCAUUCUGUCUUUGCAGUAUUCUCCAGUGCAGAGCAUCACCGCUAGACCAGUUUAAUAUCUUGGUUUCCUGCAUGGAAAAGUGCCACCACUAGAUUAGUUUGCAGUGGCACUUGCACUGUGCUAGAUAAUUCCCCAGAAACAGGAUAAAAUAUUUUAAAGUGUGUAAGGCCUUGGCUACACAGGGAAAUUGACCAGCAUAUUUAUUGCAGCAUGGGGAGUUAUCCCAGAAUACAGGUUUCUUCUACGAUAUUUCUACUCACAUUGGUAGUACUAGGGUUGUAUUUCUUUCCUUUAUGGAUUAUUGCUACAGUGACCUUUCGCACCUCACUUACUAAACCGGGAAGGAGCGUAGCCCUAGCACUAUUUAUGCCCAUUUUAGAGAGUGUGGCCUAACAAUAUUUUAUCCCAUUGUGUAACUUGUUUUAAUACUUGUACCAUAAAUAACAUAUACGAUAUAGGAAUGAUAGAUCAUAGGUUUUUAUUAAAGUGAGUUUGUACCCUCAUAAGUCUAAGUUUAAACAGUUUAAGGAACUUGUGUACAAAUCCUCUAGUUGUAGAGUUAGAUUAGCUGCAGGGCAUUUAACAGAGCAAGAAAGAUGUGGUAUAUAGCCUCCAUUGAUUUUUGUAUUUGGCUUCUCUGACAUCCAGGGCAUUUUACCCCAAGAUAUUACUUAAAAUAGAGGAAUACUUCUCCUUUUACCAGAAAUAGAAUUCUAAAGUGUGUACGAACAGGAUCUGUGUAAAAACGAGUGUCCUUUGAGCACUAAGUACCUAGUCUGUACAUAGGACUAAACAUCAAUGAAAAAUGUAGUUUUCCAUGCAUCAGAUCAAAGCAGUAAAAGACACUAUGAAAGUAUAUGCUGUUGCCAUAUAUUCUUCAUCAUAUUUGUUACACCUUUUCUGUUUUGUAAGUAAAAUGUUUAAACUUAAGUGAAUUGAAAUGAUGGAAGACUAAGGGAUCCAAGAAGAAUCAUAGCAGGACAUGUUCAGUUAUCCAUACCAGCUCUAACUUGGCAAGACAGAAAGUGGUUGGUUGGUUGUAGUUCUGGAUAUCUUCAGAAUCCAGAUAUGAUCACAAGAAACACCUGAUUACUUUUAUAUGGGCAGCUUCUAGUUACAUACUUAAUUAUACAUAUAAUCUAGAAACAGUGGGAAAGUGACAGCCAAGUGAGGUAUUCUCACACCAUUCAUAAAACUUAAAGAUCCCUAGAGAUUGAAUUCCUUAGAUUCUGACUACUGGUGAGUGUCAUGUGUGGAAUCAAAUUGAUGUCUUUAUUUUUAGAAGCAUGCUUUUCUUUGAUUUCUGUAAUUAAAAUAAGCCAAUAAAAUGUUCGUUAUACAUGUAUUUUUUUAAAUAGUUAAUUGAUUACUUGGCAACUUUUUUGGUUCCAAAUAUCAUUAACUUUUUUGAAUUUAUAUAUGCAAGUGUUAGCAUUUGGUAGCUAUUGUGUUUUAACCAUAAACAUGCAAUUGAAAAAAUAAAUUUACCUUAAUGCAUUUUGAGUUGGCACAGUAUUUUCAAACCAAUAAACAGUGCCUUAACAAC